AUGCUUUCCUCCCCCAACUUGUUUAGGAGUGCGGCGCUCAGUUUCAUCCGACCAGCAGCCUCCGUCACCUCUGUGGCCUUCCCAGCAUUGUCCACUGCCCUUCGAGCGCGACGUGGGUUCACUUCGGCAACUUCCAAUCUGCGCCCACCAACAGCGAGUGAUAUCACUAAUUUGAAGUAUUUGGUUUCGAACGUGUUGGUGGGGGAUAAGGAUGACCUCUCACAUUACAAUAACGAUUGGUUGAGGACGAGAACUGGUCAUUCAAAUGUGGUAUUGCGUCCGAAGACUACAGAAGAAGUGUCGAAAGCUGUUAAGUACUGUCAUGACCAUUUCAUACCAAUAACCGUUCAAAGUGGCAACACUGGGCUGGUUGGAGGCAGUGUGCCUGUUGAUAAAGAGGUCGUAUUAAGUCUUGAGAGGUUGAAUAAGAUCCUCUCAGUGAACACGGCAGAUUCGAUAGCUACUUGCGAGUCGGGAGUAAUUCUACAAAACUUGAUGGAUGAAUUGGAGAACUAUCACCUCAUGCCGCCCUAUGAUAUUGGAUCGAAAGCCCAGUGCCUUAUAGGAGGUAAUGUGGCGACUAAUGCGGGUGGUCUACGACUACUCCGUUACGGCUCAUUGAGAGGCACCAUCCUUGGACUUGAAGUUGUUAUGGCUGAUGGGAAGGUCCUCGAUUUGAUGAGAGCUCUUCGGAAGGAUAAUACAGGCUAUGAUUUGAAGCAGCUGUUCAUUGGAUCGGAGGGGACACUUGGAGUUAUCACGAAGGUUGCCAUGUUAUGUUAUCCUAUACCAAGAGUUUCACAGGUAGGAUGGCGAAGCCUCAUUGGGGGAGUCGCUGAGUGCCUUUGA